AUGUCGGUCGUGACAACCAAGAAGGAGUCCGAACUUUCCGGCCAGAUCGAAGACUUCGUGAUGCUUCUGAAAAGAGGCGGAAAGUUGCCGCGUUCAGGGGAGGUGGCCCGACGGACGGUGGGGCUGCUGCGGAAGAUCGUGGCGAACGGGCGCUGGGACAAUGCUGGAGAACUAAUGAACUUGAUUCGUAAGGAAGGUAAGAGAAUGAGUGCAGCCCAACCAUCUGAGACCACUGUAGGUAACAUGGUGAGACGAGUGUUGAAGAUAAUUCGUGAAGAAUACAGCAGGCUUCGAGGACGUAGUGAGGAGAGUGACCAGCAAGAAUCUCUGCACAAACUUCUGACCUCAGGAGGUCUCAGUGAAGAUUUCAAGAUCUGCUAUCAGCCACUAAGGGCCAAUAUUAUUGAUGCCAUUAGAGAGCUGCUGCUUGAACUUGAGAGCACUACCGAAAAUAUUUCCACCCAGGCUUUGGAACACAUCCACUCCAAUGAGGUGAUUAUGACUAUUGGUUAUUCACGCACAGUGGAGGCUUUCCUGAAAGAGGCAGCACGUAAAAGGAAAUUCCAUGUCAUUGUGGCUGAAUGUGCACCCUUUUGCCAGGGCCAUGAAAUGGCUGUCAGUUUGUCUAAAGAGAAUAUAGAAACCACAGUCAUGAGUGAUGCUGCCAUCUUUGCUGUCAUGUCUCGAGUCAACAAGGUUAUCAUUGGAACAAAAACCAUUUUGGCCAAUGGCGCAUUAAUAGCUGUCAGUGGAACUCAUACUCUGGCAUUAGCAGCCAAACACCAUUCUACCCCUCUCAUUGUCUGUGCACCCAUGUUCAAACUCACACCACAGUUUCUUAAUGAAGAGGAUUCAUUCCACAAGUUUGUCUCUCCACAGGAAGUAUUGCCUUUUACAGAAGGAGAGAUUCUAUCAAAGGUCAAUGUUUACUGUCCAGUUUUUGACUACGUUCCUCCAGAACUUAUCACACUCUUCAUUUCAAACAUUGGAGGCAAUGCUCCUUCUUAUAUCUAUCGUCUUAUGAGCGAACUUUAUCAUCCUGAUGAUCGUGAACUUUGAAACUUUGCAUUAUGGGCUUAAUUUAUUUCAGCAUAAAUGGGUGAUAUAACAAAUACCAAUAUUUUCAUUGGGGAAAUAAAUAAACUACAGAAAAUGAAAGUGUUUCUUCAAAAGCAUUUUUUUUAACUGCACUAUCUCUAUCGGCAUGAGAAUUCCUUGUGUUCUAGGUUUCUUCCAAUAACUUUAUUAGUAAUAUCCCACAACAUUCUAAAGUCUUCAUAAGCCAGUGCCAUACUAAUUCAGGAAUAGCCAAUUUAAAGUCCCCCAGGUACUUUGGAUUUCAGUUCCCAUAAACAUCUGCUUUUAUGGUCAGUGACAAAGAAUUGUGAGAACUGUACUCUAGUUUAAAACAUUUGGAUAUCAGAAUUGCUUAUCUUUGACGUCAUGAAAGAAGGCAUUGCUCUUAAAUAGUUGAGAAAGGUUCUCUAUAAUAUAUACAGUAGAAAAAGCUUCAAAAAGGAGAUAGAAAACCGACUAAAUAUGAAAUGGUAGUUACAUUGCUUCUUAACCUAUAGCAUAGGAGCCUGUUCCCACUUUUGUUUCAUCUAGAGUUAAUAGAUAGGUAAUCUAUGCUGCAUGUUAGCAAUAGCAAAAUGAUGGAAGCCUGUUUUUAAAUA